UCCUGACACCUCUCUAUAUACACACAAUUUCUCACUCCUACUUAUCAGUUAUCUGCAGCAGAAAGAAAGCGGCCAUGGCAGCAGCGACCUCCUCUGUCACAGGCUUGGCUCUUCCGUCACUGAACAAUGGUUUCCUGAAGCCUCAAGUGGCUGCCAGAGUCUCUCUGCAGCAGAAACCGACCUCAGGCCCCGGGAAGUUCACCUGCAGCUUUCCGAGAGAUUGGCUCCGCACUGACUUGAACGUGAUCGGGUUCGGGUUGAUCGGAUGGAUCGCGCCGUCGAGCAUCCCGGUGAUCAAUGGCAAGAGCUUGACCGGGCUGUUCUUUGAGAGCAUCGGCGCGGAGCUGGCUCACUGGCCGACAGGACCAGCUCUCACUUCACAAUUUUGGUUGUGGUUGAUCACAUGGCAUAUUGGUCUGUUCCUCACCCUCACUUUUGGACAAAUAGGCUUCAAGGGAAGGACUGAGGACUACUUCAGCAAAUAAGAGACAUAUGAUCUGUGUAUUUAUGAUACUUUCUUUCCUGAUCUUCUUUGUGAUCAGUAAUUAUGUACCAAUUGUGAUUUCUCAGUUCUUAUUCCUUAGUUACGAAAGAACA